CACAAUCACCUUGCUAAACGAUCAAAGAAAAUGUAUAACUUGACAUCAUUUCAAGCUGUUUAUGUUGUUUUUACCACUUUCCUUCAUACAAACAUCUAAUUUCCAGAACUACCAGCGCUACAGCAACUUAAGAUCACAAAGAAUAGCAACAUGAACCAACAACACCACCAUAAUCUCCGUUCUCAUCCCCAUCCUUCAGAAUCACCCCAACGUACCCCCUCUCCAACCCGGUGCCCCAUCUGCCUCGAGGACCUCUCCACCAACACCGCACAGUUCCUACCAUGUACCCACAACUUCGAUCUCCCCUGCACCAUCACCCUCUUAACCGGCCCACCCGGCCCCCAAGCCCGCCAAUGUCCCCUCUGCCGCGCCAAAAUCGCCGCCGUACAGUACAACUUCGUCUCCGCCCCCAUCUCCUCCUGCUCAACGCAUAUUCCCGGUUCCUCGACCUUCGAUUCCGGGCCCUUUAUCCGGCCAGACGAGACUGUGACUCCGAGCAUGAGUGAGUGGGAAAAGAACAGGAGGAGGACGUUGAGGGCGUUGAGGUUGGUGGAGGAUUAUGAUCCGUCGCUUUGGCAGCUUUUUCAUAUGGGUGUUUUUGUGAGGGAGGGUGGGAAUGUGGUUUUGGUGGAGAGGAUGGUUAGUUUGAAGGUUAUGCAGGUGGAUGGGACAAAGACGGUGGCGUUGUUGGUGAGGAGUUUGAGUGUGAAGGUUGUGGAGAAGGGGAUGGUUGAGGAGCCGGAUCUGGAUCAGGAGGAGGAGAGUCCCGAGGAUGUUGAGGAGGCGAGGGAGGAGGUGAGGCUUUUGUUGAAGGCGUUCGGGGUGACGAGGGAGGAGGGACCUUGGAGGGAUUGGGUGGAGAUGAAGGUGGAUGAUCCCGAGUUCAAGGUUUUGAGGGAUGGGAAGUUGUUGGAGGUUGGCGCGAGGAAGUUCUUGGUAGUUCAGAGGAAGCAUGGAGCUGAAGACAUCACAAUCACAAAUUGCACCUCCCUCACCGAGCUCUUCCCUGCAACAACGAUCCUUUCUUCCAACUGGGCUGACGAAGACUACGACUCCGAUUCCAACCUCAUCGACGGCAUCUCCAAAGCUGCUCGCGUGCGAGCCGUCAGCCUCGCACGGCAAGAAAUUCAGGGCGUAUUCCAAUUGUUCAGAACCCUCAGCAGUUUCGAAGACAUCCGCGAUCUAGAACGUGGAAGCACGGGAAUUUUGGACUCUGUGAAGCAAGAGGAUCUGGAAUGCGAGUACUGCGAGGCAAAGCACCGGAAUGGCGAUUGUAAGCUUCCGAAAGCCGCGGAGUUGACUGGGGCGUUUUUGGUAGAAAGGAUGGCAUUGUAAAAUGCAGGUAUGCUGUAG